AUGGAUCUUGAUGGCCUUCCGAAUCACGACACUAAGAGACGCAGGAGCGCUCUCGCAUGUAACACAUGUCGGGGAAGACGGACAAAAUGCGAUGGCAAGCGCCCCAGAUGCUAUUUUUGCAUUGAACGUGAUAAAGACUGCUUCUACCCGGAGACGCAAGACCUGUCCGCUUCGUCCCUGAAGGUGGAGCUUUCGAGGCUAUGGGAACAACUAGACCAUAUCACCGCCGUAGUCCAAGGCCAAACCCCACAGGGCUCUCCCUCCCAUAAUGAGCGAGAGGACCAUCUUACUCUUACAGCCCCUGUCUCGUCUUUAGGCUUUCCGUUUAUGGUAAUACAGAGUGAAGAAUUCAUGAAUUUGCUUGGCCUCAAGCAAUCCCUGCCUGUGCUCUUUGAGCAUGUAGAACGCGGCAGAAAAGCAAUGCCUGCUCAAUCACAUGGCGCGAACAUCGUGACGGUCGAUCCUGAGGAGGCAUUAAUUCUUCUAAAUGCGUUCCGGGAACAGAUCCAUACCUGGUAUCCCAUCCUGCAUGCAGACUAUACCGAGGAGUUCAUCCAGGCAAUAACAUCGUGUUUCCCCACGUCAGUAACAUCAUGCGUUGCUCUCCUCGUCUUGGCCAUUGGUUGUGUCGUGGAAUGCAGAUCUGUCGUUGAUGCCCUGCGGAUCCGCCCGGAAGCAAUAUACAUCGAAGAAGCUAUGAAGAUGCUUCCGUGUGCAUUUGCACACAGUGACCCACGAAGCGCGCAGUGUCUGUUAUUGUUCUCCAUAUACCACUUAUGCUAUGGGCAGCCAUUUCAGGCUUAUGAUUUUGUCGCAAUGGCGUCGUAUAAACUGCAGAAUUAUAUCAUAAAUGAAUUUGAUGCCGACAAUGAUGCCAUCCAAAUGUCGAUUCUCCCAAAUUACUUCUGCGAGAUUACAGUCCAGCUUGGCCUCGUUAACAGCGGGAUCCACGAGAUGGCUUCAUUUGCCCCUGUCUCAAUAUCCUCGGGUGCCUGGACAUGGAAUUUAAGUCAAUCUUCCCAGUCAUCUACACCCAGCGAUAGCGAUAGCGAGCUAUACUCCCAAAGCAGCGAUCUGUCAUAUUUCGUCGCGGAGAUUGCGAUGCGAAAAAUGCUCCAACGCUGCACGUGGUCAACGAGUACAUCAGUACAAGGUAGCCAUAUUUAUGCGCCUAUCGUCGCGGCCGAGCUCGAGCGACAGGUAGAUGAGUGGCUACAAUUACUCCCACCGCAGCUAUCUUUCCGUUCCUCCAAUGCCAUCGGGUCUCACCCGCGGCGGGAUCCGAACUCGGCCCAGGUGGAGUUUCUUCGUACCCAGUACUACGCAUUUAAGGCAUCGAUCUAUUGGCCAGCGGUCCACGAAGCCCUUAGUACGGGAGUGGCCGACAGCGACCUCCUCUGCCACUGUGCGAAAUUCUUUACAAGUUUCGCCGAGUUUGUUCCCAGUGCUGCUGCUGCAGUAGCCGUCUUUCCGGCCUGUAGUGUGUUUACCAUUUCGAUGGGGGCGCUGGCAGGGAUGACGGAACCAUGUCUGGUUGGAAUUGUUCCCCGAGAGGCCAUCAUCGGUCUGAAACUAGCAAUUAAAGUCUUCCACGGGGCCGCGGAGGUCAGCCCCUCGCUGUCAGAAAUGGGUGCGAUAAUGAAGGAAAGAGUACAGCUGUAUGAUUGUAGUUAG